UAAUCUUCCCCACUGCUGUGGAGCUGUAGAUGGAAAGCAUAUUCGCAUCCAAAAACCUAAGGACAGCGGUGGUAUUUAUUACAACUACAAAGGAUACCACUCAAUUGUGCUAAUGGGCAUUUGUGAUGCAGAAUGCAACUUCAAUUAUGUUUCGAUUGGCUCGUAUGGAUCACAAAGUGAUAGCAAUGUUUUUAUGUGGUCACAGAUUGGAUUGGCACUUGAAAAUGAUGACGUCUUAUGGCCAUCUCCAGAGAAUCUGCCUAAUUCUGAUAUUGAAUUUGGCUAUUUCUUGGUUGGCGAUGCUGCAUUUCCUCUUAAUCCACACUUCUUGAAGCCUUAUCCUGGAAGAAUGUUGCCACCUGAUAAACAGCAUUUCAACGACCGAUUGGGAACUGCCAGAAAUACAAUAGAGCGAACUUUUGGCAUACUUGCUAAUCGUUUUAGGAUCCUGAGAGGCGAAAUUCAAGCUCAUCCAAAAAAUGCUGAGUUGAUUGUGCAAGCAUGUGUUACUCUGCAUAAUUACAUUAAAAAAACGGCAGACAGUGAAACUCCAUUAGCCAAUCCCGAUUCGCAUUUGGAUACCUUGGAUUCAAAUCCAUCAAUUUUGCGAGGAAGAAGCCGAAGAAAUGUAUUAGAAAUACGAGAUACUUACAAUGAUUAUUUAUAUUCCCAUCGUGUGUGAGGAUGUGAGGAGUGCUAAUUUAUUAAUUAAAA